GUGGGGAAUUCCCAGUCAGUACUCUUCUGUGUUGAAGUGCUACUGUAUAUCUGUUCAGCACUUUAGAGCUCGGACAUAAGGCAAACCUAAGUCAAGGGUGUUCGCAUAAUAUGGAUGUGCAUCCCCUCUCAAUGCACAGGGAUCCCAAUCUAAUGGGAGAGCCCUGUGCUCAGAUCUUUGAGCAGCCAAAACAGAGAGGCAUGCGCUUCAGGUACAAAUGUGAGGGUCGAUCAGCGGGCAGCAUACCGGGAGAAAGAAGCUCUGACAAUAACAGAACCUACCCAAGCAUUCAGAUACUAAAUGUUAGCGGGAAAGGAAAAGUACGUGUUACGCUGGUAACCAAAAGCGAUCCAUAUAAACCCCAUCCCCAUGACCUAGUGGGUAAAGACUGUAAGGAUGGUUAUUACGAGGCAGAGUUUGGACCUGAACGUAGGGUCAUCGCUUUCCAGAACCUGGGCAUCCAGUGCGUGCGGAGAAGAGAAGUGAGAGAUGCUAUAAUGCAGAGGGUUACACGAGGAAUCAACCCCUUCAGUGUUGGCCGGGAACUGCUGCUACAGACUGAGGAGUAUGAUCUGAACGUGGUGCGUCUAUGCUUCCAAAUUUACCUGCAAGAUGAGACCGGGAUGUACAACACCAUGCUGCCUCCCAUCGUCUCCAACCCCAUCUAUGACAACAGGGCCCCGAACACGGCCGAACUGCGAAUCUGCCGGGUCAACAAGAACAGUGGCAGUGUGAAGGGAGGCGAUGAGAUUUUCCUCCUCUGCGAUAAAGUGCAGAAAGAUGACAUUGAGGUGAGGUUCUUCACUCAGACCUGGGAGGCCAAAGGCGCUUUCUCUCAGGCAGACGUACACAGGCAAGUGGCCAUAGUGUUCAAGACACCCGCCUACUGUGACACCACCAUCACAGCCCCGGUCACAGUGCGCAUGCAGCUGCGUCGUCCCACAGACCAGGAGGUCAGUGAGCCCAUGGAGUUCAGAUUCCUGCCCGACGACAAAGAUCCAUAUGGCUGUCAAGAGAAGAAACGUAAAAUUGAAAGCCAGAUGAAAUCCUUCUCUAGCUUCUCUCAAGGAGCCAUGAGCUUCAUGAACAGACCAAAAGCCGUGCCUUCAGCCAACCUAAUAAGUCAGAGAAUCAAAAUCGAGACACCAAAUUAUUAUCGUCCUUCCAACCAUGGGGGGGUGCGCCCAAAUCAGUCAGUCUAUUAUAACAAAGCCCCUUCGUCCUGCCCAAUGCCGCCACCCCUAUCAGAAACCGCAACGCAAGGUACCCUCAGUCAACCAUGGCCCAGUCAACUCAACAGCAACGGAGCUAGUAAUGGGGUGGGCCUACAGCAGGUCAACCCAAGUCCCAGCAUGCCGACCACAGGAGAAAGUGGAAACAGCCUCCCCUUACUGACUUCUUUGGAUCUGGAGUUUCUUCAACCCAAUGGCCCAACCAGCAGCCAGCCUCGACAGGACCAACCAAGCCAGCAGGUCCAGCAAUCCCAGCAGCCAUCUCAAAGACAAGGACUGGAAGGAGCCCAUACCUGGUUUAACUAUGUCUCCCAACAGCCUCAAAGCACACAGAACGGAGCAACAGGCACCAGUGGGUCACUAGGAACGGGGUACUCGUAUCCAAGCAGCUUAGACGAAGAGUUCUUUCAAAACCUCAUGGUCAACCACCACUUGAAACAGGAAACUCAAGGGCCGAGCAACAUUGCUGCGCUUGGGCCCGCCUGCACCUCGUCUUCAGACUGUGUGCAGUCCUUCACCGCCCUCCUGAACUGCCCCAACCCCAAUGGAAGUACUCCGGAGACCAUGAGACAGAUGGAGGCCAGUGGGCCCAAUCAGAUGGUCUCGCAGAUACCGUACCCUUCCAGCGGCAUGGGGCAGGAGAGCCAUCUUGAAUCUUUUACCUGGCAGUACUUCCCAGAAUAGCUUUGAAUUCCAUAAGUCUUCGACAUGUUCAUGAUUUUGUUUUUUAAA